AUGUUGCUAGCUGAGGGAAAUCAGAGUUCUGGAUUCACCUUCAUCCUCUUGGGCUUCUCAGAAUAUCCAGACCUCCAGGUGCCCCUGUUCCUGGUAUUCCUGACCAUCUACACAGUCACUGUGCUGGGGAACUUGGGCAUGAUCAUAAUCAUCAGGAUCAAUCCCAAACUCCAUACCCCCAUGUACUUUUUCCUCAGCCACUUGUCCUUUGUUGAUUUCUGUUACUCCACUACAGUUACUCCCAAAUUGCUGGAGAACUUGGCUGUGGAAGACAGAACAAUUGCUUUUAUGGGAUGCAUCAUGCAAUUCUUCUUGGCUUCCAUAUUUGUAGUGGCAGAAACAUUCAUGUUGGCAGUGAUGGCCUAUGACAGAUUUGUGGCCGUUUGUAACCCUCUCCUCUACGCAGUUGUCAUGUCCCCAAAGCUCUGUGUGUCAUUAGUGUCUGGGCCCUACGCAUGGGGCAUAAUCUCCUCCCUGACACUCACCUAUUUCCUCUUGGACUUAUCCUUCUGUGGGUCCCACAUCAUGAAUAAUUUUGUCUGUGAGCACUCAGUCAUUGUCUCUGUCUCAUGCUCUGACCCCUACAUCAGCCAACUGCUUUGUUUUGUCAUUGCCAUAUUCAAUGAGGUGAGCAGCCUCAUAAUCAUCCUCACUACUUAUAUUUUCAUCUUUGUCACUGUCAUGAAAAUGCCUUCUGCUGGUGGACGCCAUAAAGCUUUCUCUACCUGUGUCUCCCACCUGACCGCCAUCACCAUUUUCCAUGGAACUGUCCUGUUCCUCUAUUGUGUCCCCCACUCCAAAAACUCAUGGCUUACAGUCAAAGUAGGCUCUGUAUUUUAUACGGUGGUCAUUCCCAUGCUCAACCCUUUGAUCUACAGCCUCAGGAACAAAGAUGUCGAAGACACAGUGAGGAAGUUAAUGAAUCACCUAACAAAAUUCUGA